CUACCCCCCGGGGCGACCGCUGAGGACUCUGUCCCGCAGAAGUGCAUCGCCAUGUGCAUGGACCGGUACAUGGACGCCUGGAACACGGUUUCCCGAGCCUACAACUCUCGGCUGCAGCGGGAGAGAGCCAACAUGUGA